AUGAGCGAAUAUAGAGGACGUGGUGGAGGAGGCUUUCAUCAUCAGAGAGGAGCUCAUCGCCAGCAACAACAUGGAGGAAGAAGCUCGUACAAAGAUAACCGAGGUGGUGGUGGUGGCAGAAAUGAUCAAGAUGAUGGAUAUUAUGAUAGAAAUGAGGGCGGAGGUGGAUAUUAUGAUAGAGAUUCGCAAUCAAAUUCUCAACAACAAGAUUCCACAAAUUAUACCGGAACAAAUCAAGUGGUACAACAAAAACUGAGUCUUGCUGUUGUUUGUGCUUCCAAUCAAAACAGAUCCAUGUCUGCUCACUAUUUGCUUUCAAAGAAAUACGGAAUGGCUGUGAGUAGCUUUGGUACAGGUUCAUCAGUAAAGUUGCCAGGUAAAACAAGGGACACUCCGAAUAUUUAUGACUUUGGUACACCCUAUCAAAGAAUGUUUGACGAUUUGAAACAACAAGACGAGGAAUUUUAUACAAAUAAUGGAUUACUGAAAAUGUUAACAAGAAAUGCUCAAAUCAAGGCAGCUCCUGAGAAAUGGCAAGAAAAUACCAAGCAUUUCGACGUUGUAGUUACCUUCGAACUCAGAGUGUUUGAAGCAGUUAUUGAUAGUAUUGCAUCAAAUAAUAUUUAUUAUGACAGACCAAUACACGUGAUAAAUUUGGAAGUUAUUGAUAACCAUAAAGAAGCAGAGAGAAAUGCUAAAACAAUCGCAGAAUUCGUGAAACAUUUAAAUGAUAGCAACGAUUGGGAAAAUGAUAUUACACAAUUAAUUGCAGAUUUCGAGAAAAAACACAAACAAGAUUUGAUGCACCUUGUUUUGUUUGCUUAG